UUCUUUUUGUUGACUUCUUAAGGCACUUCUUCUGGUUGAAGAUACACUUCAUUUUUUUUGCGUUACUCGGAACAUAUUACGAUUUUCACUGUCAAUUCUCUAUUAUUUUUCAGGAUCUGAAUGUUCUUAAUCUGGUUUUUGGAAUGAAUAAUUCGAGGUCUGACCUAGGGAGAUCCCAGAUGAUAAACCGACGUACUAUGGAUCAGUGUACUAAAAACGCCAUAGAAUUUGUAAAAGAAAUAAAGGGUGGAUUAAUUCAAAAUAAGUUUGAUGAGUUUGUGAAAGCCUUCAAGGAUUAUAGGGCACAAAGGAUUGAGGAUUCUGAUCUUAGGGAUAAAAUGAAGGAAAUAUUCGAAGGUGAGAGAGAUAUGAUAUUGAGAUUAAACACGUUCUUGCCAAUUGGAUAUGAAAUCAAACUUCCAUUUGAAGAUGAACAAUCUCAGAGAAAAAAGCAUGUCAAAAUGGAAGAUGCCAUAAGAUUUUUGAAUAAGAUAAAGGCUCAAUUUGAAGGAGUUGAUAAUCAUACUUACAAAUCAUUUAUGAAGAUAUUAAUUAUGUAUUAUAAGAAACAUAAGUCUUUCACUAUGGUCUGCCAAGAGGUUACUACACUAUUGCAAGGCCAUCCUGAUCUUCUUGAUGAAUUUUAUUAUUUUCUUCCAAAAUCUAUUUCUGCUCAUUAUGUUGCUGCUCGGAAUUCUGUGCGUGGAGAUAUGUAGGAGAUCUUCAAUAAAUAUGCGGCAAAUUUUUGUUAAUGUAGUUUGGAGAAUUAAAUAAAAUAUAUGGAAUGGAUUUGAUAUAGAGAUAAUUCAAGCUUUA